AUGCGGCGGCUGCAUCACUGUGGGCGAGGGCAGUUGUGCGGCGCUCGGCACUCCCGCGGUGGGAAGGAAGUGGAGCUGGAGGGGGAGUGUAGAGGGGAGGCGGGCGGCAUCGGCGGGCGACGCAAGCGCGAAGAAGCAGGCGGCGCGGCCGAAGAGGACGCGUCCCCGGGUCCGGAAGACUGGGCGGCGGCGGAUCUGGCGAGCCAGAUCCCUGGAUCCCCCCCUUCGGUUUGCUCCGCGGCGGUCGCAGGUGGUCCCUGUGGAGGCAGUGUGAUGGACGCUCCAGAGCUGUCGGCCCUUCUGUCAAUGCUCCAGGACAAUGUGCAGGAGGCUGCACAAGCGUUGAAGAAGGUUGUCGUCAACAAUUUGACAACCGACAGCUGCCCUGCGGCCAUGGAUAUGAAUCGGGCUCUACUUGAGGUAGAGAGCAUAGCUCAGGACUUGGAACAGCUUGUGUUUCAGGUCGAAGAUGCUUUGAUCAGAGCUAGAGAAGGCGACCACUCAGGCACCGAAGACAACAUUAGCGUACCCGGCUUUGAUGAAGCAUCGGUUGGACCGGGCAGUGGAGAAGACGAUGUACUGUCCGACGAGUGGAGCUCGGAGACCGUGUUAUGUGCUGAGUCCGUCGAAGAGGAUUCUAUGGAGUACGCAGAUUUUCUGAGAGGGGACGACGAUGCUAUUCCAUGGGAUGAUGUAGUACCACUGACCCAAGAAGGAUUGACUGGCUCGCAGGCCCCAGAGCCCGUGGUGCAGAAUGACGAUACACAAAUAGAGGUACCUGCUGGUGGAGGCCGUGGGCAGAGCUACACGAUGAAGGAAGACCUCCUACUUGUUUCUGCCUGGCUCAACGUUAGCAUGGAUCCGGUGGUAGGUUCGAACCAAAGUUUGGGCGCGUUUUGGCAGCGGAUCGAGUCUUACUUCCACGAGCACAAAGAAUUCCCGUCCACGCGCAACAAGAAGUCGUUGCAAGGGAGGUGGGCAUUCAUUAAUGGGAUGGUACAAAAGUUUUGCGGCCACUACGCGCGUGCAAUGCGUAGUAGACGCAGCGGUACCACGGAGGGGGAGACGGUUGUUGAGGCUUGCAAAAUGUUCCAGGCAGUUGAACAUAAAGAGUUCACGUUGCUUCCUUGUUGGCGUGAAUUGAGGCACCAUCCGAAGUGGCAGUCAGAGGCGUCGAGGAAGAAGCAAAAGACUUCCAGCGCAGCAGGAGAUGGCAGCCCGUCAUCGACUCAGAACAUGCCACCAUCACAGCCUGUGGGACUUGCACAAGAAACAGGUAGCGAAGGCACGGUCCGAGCUAAGAGGCCUGUUGGUCGGAGCCGGUCCAAGGAAUUAGGGCGCGGUUCGACGUCUUCCAACUCGGUGUCGGCACCAAUGAAGGAAGUAUUCGACAGGCAAUUUAGUAUGAAGGAAAAGUUCGAGAAGGAAAGGGCUGAGAGGUUCACGGAGAUGAUGUAUGUAGAGCGGCAGCGCCUUCGCCUCGAGGAGGAGCGAAUGCAACUAGAGAAGGUGAAGGAGGAAAUGAGGAUAAUGAACAUGGAUUUAUCGCAAAUGGACGAUGACCAAAAAGAGUAUUACAAAAGUCUUCGUCAGAGUAUCAUUGCUGCUAGGCGCGCCUCAUCGGGUUCUACUUUCUGA